AGUUUCUAGCAAACAAGCUUUUCGCCGCUCGCUAAUGAUGUCUCGUUUUCUCAUAUUCGGUCUCUUGUUGACAACAUGUUCGAUUGCUUUCGCUUCUGACCCUAGUCCUCUCCAGGAUUUCUGUGUGGCUGAUCCUAAUAGCCCAGUAUUCGUAAAUGGUGUGGUUUGCAAAGAUGCCAAGCUUGUGAAAGCGGAUGAUUUUCUUUUUAGGGGGCUUCACCUAAUGGGAAACACGCAUAAUGACGUUGGCUCUAAUGUGACUUCUGUGACUGUAGCACAGUUACCCGGACUCAACACUCUUGGUAUAUCCAUGGUUCGUAUUGACUUUGCUCCAUGGGGUAUUAAUCCACCACACACGCACCCUCGUGCCACUGAAGUCUUGACUGUCAUUGAAGGUCGUCUUCUAGUCGGUUUUGUCACGUCUAACCCUGAAAACCGCCUCAUCACGCAAGUACUUGAGAAGGGUGAUGUGUUCGUGUUUCCACAAGGUCUAAUUCACUUCCAAAAAAACAUCGGAAAUGGGUAUGCUCUUGCUAUUGCGGGUUUGAGUAGUCAAAAUCCAGGUGUGAUUACUAUUGCAAAUGCUGUGUUUGGAUCGAAUCCUGAUAUCGAUGUGGAUGUUCUUGCAAAGGCCUUUCAAGUUGACAUCAAAGUUGUUCAGCAAAUCCAGUCAAAAUUCUGAACAUUUAUGUUUGUGUGAUCAUAGGAUGUUGAUCUCUUUAGCUUGCAAUUUUGAAUUCUGUAACAUUGUUUCGUUUCUUAUUGUUUAUAUUUAAAGGUGAAUAAGAAUAUUAUUUUUCUGGUUGUGGUUUA